AUGAGCUGGCUGCAGGUCAUCAAGGACCUGCAUGCUCCUGUAACUGAGCUUCGUGCAAAACCACCGGCCCAGUCUCUCCCCGGAGCCGGCCGCAACCCACAGCGGAGCGUGCAGACCCUCUGGACAGCACCCACCGAGGGCUCGGAGCCUGAGGCACCACCGGGCAGGACCCUCCAGCCCGGGCAGCGGGGGAAUGGCGCCGGGAAUGGCAGGGGAGAGCAAGGGCAGGCCGGCCUGCCGGGCCCUGCUGGCUGCCGAGGCGAGGGGCCGUGUAGGGCGCGGGAGGGGAGCUCUGCGUGCCCACCACCCACCACCCGGGCCCUGCACCCACCUCGCUCUCGCUGCCAGCCGCGAGCUCGGCCCAGACGGGGUACAUGUUUCGGACACCUUCCUUGCCCCAAUCCCCACCCCGUGCCUCACGUGGUCCCUGCACAGCACUGGUGGGCACCAUGGAAAUACCCACUGGUCUGCUCUUUCUCAAGGCAACCUGCAAAGACGCUGUGGUACGACCGCCCGCGGUAUGUCUACCUGGAGUUCUGUGUCGAGGACAGCACGGAUGUUAAGGUUGUCAUUGAGGACCAGCGGCUGGUGUUCAGUUGCAAAAAUGCAGACGGCGUGGAGUUCUACAACGAGAUCAACCUGUAUGCCAGGGUCAACUCCAAGGACUCACGGGAGAAGCGCUCCGACCGAUCCAUCACAUGCUUUAUGAGGAAGUGGAAUGAGAAAGUGGCCUGGCCCCGCAUCACCAAGGAGAACAUCAAGCCAGCCUGGCUCUCCGUGGACUUUGACAACUGGCGAGACUGGGAAGGGGACGAGGAGGUAGAGAGGGCCAUGGUGGAGCAGUACGCAGAGCUCCUGGAGAAGGUGAGGGACAAAGCCCCCCCUCCGGCCAUGGACGACCUGGAUGUAAGUACUGCCCACGAGCUGCUUCCCCCAGACGCUGCUACAUGCUGCAGCCACCCCCGCAGAGCAGAGCUGAGACAGCAUCUCAUCACUGCCGUCGUAGAACAGAUGUUUGGAUUCAAGACAGCUUCAUGGGAGCUGGGCCGUCAGCGAAGUGUCAUUGAGCUGGACACCCCCUCCAUGACAGCGGAGCAAAUAGAGGCCCUGGAGAGGACUGUGAAUGAGAAAAUCCGAGAGAGGGUACCCGUGAUGGUGAGGGAACUGGCUGCAGAUGACCCUGAAAUUGAAACAGUGAGAAGCCGUGGCUUGCCAGAUGACCACGUGGGGCCAGUGCGAGUUGUUGACAUCGAAGGCAUAGACUCCAACAUGUGCUGUGGGACUCAUGUCUCCAACCUGAGUGACUUGCAGGUUAUUAAACUCCUUGGCACAGAAAAAGGGAAAAAGAACAAAACCAACUUGGUUUUCCUGGCAGGAAACAGAGUGCUGAAGUCAAUCGAACAAAGUUACAAUACUGAGAAGGCUCUAACCUCACUGCUCAAGAAUGGACCAGGUGAACACAUAGAGGCUGUGAAGAGGCUGCAGAGUUCUGUGAAACUGCUUCAGAAGAAUAACUUGAACCUGCUUAGAGACAUUGCUGUUUUGAUAGCCCGGGACUUCAAGAGCAAACCUGUUCAAAGUGAGCUGUUUGUGUUACACAGGAAAGAGGGUGACUCUGAAUUCAUGAAUAUCAUCGCUAAUGAGAUUGGGACAGAGGAAACCCUGCUGUUCCUGACUGUGGGAGAUGAAAAAGAAGCAGGACUCUUUCUUCUAGCUGGACCUGUUGAAGCAGUUGAGAAUUUAGGUCCCAGGGUGGCAGAGCUGCUGGGAGGCAAAGGAGCUGGGAAGCGAGGCCGCUUUCAGGGCAAGGCAACCAAGAUGAGUCGGCGAGGAGAAGUGCAAGCUCUGCUCCGGGAAUUCAUCAGCCAUCGAAGCCCUGAAGCGGAGAAGAAGGAAUGAAAUGUGGCAGGAAUUGGAGGGAUGCUCAGAUCAGUAAAUCCCCCUUAAAAGACCAAACUAAGCUGGUCACCAGUUACUGCUGCCUGAGAUAGAACUGGGAGGCAAGACGACAAGAUACUGUUGUCAAGCCUGUGAGCAAGGGAAGGAGGGGGCACCGAAGGACAAGUCUCCAUGAGCCCUUUUUAAAAGAAAAGGAACGGACUUUUUUUCCUGGCUACUCAGAAAUCUGCAGAUGCUGGAGGUCUGAAGAUGUUUGUGCUAACGCCAUUGCCAGGGCCCCUUGCUGCUGGCCAACACGCAGGGCUGCUGCUGACCUCUGGACUCAGCUGUUUGCUUGGGCAGCAGUUGCUAUUGACCCAGCUGUGACGCUGAUGGGAGCAGCUGUCGGGUAACACCGGCUUCAUCGCUGCAGUCCCAAAACUCCACUGCGGUAGCAUCAGGUACGUUAUUGCAAAAGAGAAUUUCAUCCAUUUGUAGUUGGCCUGGCAGAACCUUGUUAACACACACGUGCUGACUCUGUACAUCAGAAUUAAAUGUGGAUAGAAGCAGCCACCUAGUGCUUUGCUCUGCAGGCAGACAGAAAACUGUAUUAAAGUCAUUUGUUUGAGC